AUGGCAGACAUCCAGCCGGCCGCACCGGAAGAAGUCCGACGGUCGCAAUCGAUCCCGUCCGGGAACAAUCACGAAGCCUCUAGCCAGGGCUCACUUGUCGUUCGUUCACAGGCGCAUGCGCCCGGUUUCUGGUCUCGGUUCCGGUACCCAUUACUUGCUGCAGGAGUUGCUCUGAUUCUCAGCCCCUUGAGCUUUCUGUGGCCUGGCGAGGGCCCUGUUGACCCUACCAAUUACACAGAACGUACCAGAAGGGUCCUCAGAUCUACACCCUUAAUUGAUGGGCACAAUGAUUUACCGUGGCAGCUGAGGAUCGAGUUGCACAAUCGUAUUUACGAUGGAAAGCUUGACCUGACGAAGAAGUUGCUGGGCCAUACCGAUAUCCGACGUAUGAGACAAGGCAUGGUAGGCGGUCAGUUCUGGAGCGUCUACGUGGAUUGUGAUACCAAACAAGAACAUUUCGAGGACCCAUCUUGGGUAGUUAGGGACACUCUCGAACAAAUUGAUGUCACUCGGCGGUUCAUCCAAGAGCAUCCUCAGCAUCUCCAGUACUGCGACACGGCUGCUUGUGCGAGAAAAGCCUUCAAAACAGGCCGCAUCUCGAGCAUGAUUGGCAUCGAAGGAGGCCACCAAGUAGGCAGCAGCAUUGCAACCAUUCGGCAAAUGUAUAAUCUAGGUGCACGAUACAUCACCUUGACGCACAACUGUGACAAUGCCUUCGGAACUUCAGCAUCCACCGUGGCGGCAGGUGGCCCAGAUGGUGGCCUUUUCAAGUUGGGGUACCAGGCUGUCAAGGAAAUGAACCGAUUAGGCAUGAUGGUGGACUUGUCUCACGUCUCGCACCAAACCAUGAGAGACGUCCUCAGCGUCGCGCGUGCACCAGUCAUCUUCUCACAUUCAGGGGCUUAUACCGUUGAGCCUCAUCUACGCCAUGCGCCUGACGACGUCUUGCGUUCUGUUAAGCGGAAUGGGGGUAUUGUAAUGGCAGUGUUCGUCAACCGCUUCCUGAACAUGAAGAACCCAGACCAAGCUACCAUCCACGAUGUAGUGGAUCACAUCUUUCACAUCGCGGAGAUCUGUGGCUGGGACUGCGUUGGCAUAGGCAGUGACUUUUCUGGAACUCCAUACGUCCCGAUUGGCCUAGAGGAUGUGUCGAAAUUUCCGAAUCUAAUGGAACUUCUUAUGGAAAGGGGGGCAACGGAUGAGCAGAUACGGCUACUGGCCGGAGAGAACAUCCUCCGUGUGUGGAGGGAUGUGGAACAGCGCUCCAGAGAGAUCGAGGCCUCUGGUGAAAAGCCAGUAGAAGAGGAGUAUGAAGGCAGAGAGUGGCACAAGGGACUGAAAAACUCUUCCUGGAUGCUCAGGGGCAGCCGGGAAAAAGCCGCGACAAAUGGUGCCGCAGACAAGCCUUAUAUGUUCAACGUGGACAGCGAAGGAAAACAUAAUCCGGUUAAGAAUGUAUAG